CAGCAACCAAACAUGCCCCUCUUUCAUUAUUUUCAAGAGCAAAACAUCUCGAAUAUUUGCUAGCUUUUAUGUCUCCCCUCCUUUCUUUUCUUUUAUUAAAGUCUAAGAAAUACUCUACUUUUUAUUUAUUUAAUGCUAUUAAUCUGCAUGCAGCACUGAAUUCUCCCCUUCAAGAAUUCACCUUUUUUUAUGUACAAAAUCUUCUCUUCAUUGACUUGUGCAAAUGCAAUUUGGUUUGGCGUCCAUGGGGUGAGUUCUUUACUGUCUUUGUUGUUUGUCUUGGUUUGGCAGCUGAGAGAAAAAAAAAAGAGUUUCAUCACAGAAAUGUGUUCUAGGGGUUGCUUUCAAGCACCGUUGGUUAGAUGCUAUGUGAAGAAACCCUCAUGUUCAGUGUUUUGUGGUGCUUGGUUUCGUGUUCUUGUGCUCUCUUUCAUGGAUAAGUUAAAGCUCAAAUGCAAGGGGAUUUUCUGUAACAUAGGUUGUUUUGGAUGCUGCAAAAAAACUCCAGGGAUUACCUCAAUGGAUGAAGCUUCUAAAGGACUACGAGCUCAAGAACAAACAGUGACUAAAAUGGAAGGAUCAGAUGGCUUCUGGAGCAGCAGUACUUUUGAAUUAGACCACAGUGAAGGUCACUCGCAGAGAAGCAUCUCAUCAAUAGGAAUAUCGAAUAAUCCUUCUGAUCCUCGAAGUAGUGGAGGCAAUCAAAGUGGUCUUCCUGAAUUUGUCAACCAUGGGCUUCUUCUCUGGAACCAGAUAAGGCAACAAUGGAUAGGAAAGAAAGGGUCUGAGAGUAUCACAGAAAUUCAAGAACCAAGAAUAAGUUCCAAUGCAACCUAUGAUACCUUACUUGGGAGCAACAAGCCCUUUCCCCAACGCAUUCCUUUGAGAGAAAUGGUUGACUUUCUUGUUGAUAUUUGGGAUCAAGAGGGUUUGUAUGACUGACCAAACAAAAAUGUAAGUUUUUGUUUUUCCAAGCUGUGAAUGGAAUAACUUCAAAAUCUCUUUCUGCGUUUGGCUUCUUUUCUUAUUCCAAAUCCAUUUCAUUAGUUCAUUUGUGUAACUCUUCUUUAUUGAUUUUUUGGUGGACUGAUUCAUAGACAAAUUAUCAGCUGCAAAGGGAUCAUUUCAAGCUUAA